AUGAUUCACCUUCGUCUCUUCGCCUUUUUUCUUCUUUUCUUUCUCCUCCCGUUUCAAUUUUCAAAUGCUAUCAAUUGCUUCGCUGGUAGCAGAGGAUACAUCAAAGGGAAACAAGAACAACAGUUUGUGAAUGAGACUUGUGAUGAAGGAAUGAAAUAUUGUCUUGAGUCGUAUACAGAGGAUUUCGAUUCUGUCACUGCAAGUUGUCAGACAUUGAGCACAAGUCGAAGAAUACUCAACAUUUGUGAGAGUGGAAAACCAUUGAUCAGCAGCGGGUUGACAACAAGAUGCUGCUAUGAUGACUUAUGCAACAAUAUUGGAAUUGAGAAGAAAAAGAUCAGUGGAUUGAAAAAUAAAUAA